CAAGCAGUGAAAUGCGAAGAGCUGCCAAGAGAUCGUUUGGAUCAUUUAUGCCGACUUGACAUCCGUAAUGCACCCGAUGUUUCUAGAAAAACUGGAAUAAUCUGCACUAUAGGCAAGUUUUUCAUGAUGCUGAUGAUGAUGUGGGAAGGCUUAGUCAUAAGUUCGCUGCCUGCAGCAGACGUCGGGGAGAUAGAUAGCCUCCUUAUAGCCGUGGCUCAUGGCCAACAUGAUCUCAUAGAUCGUGCAAGCGACAUGCAGCACUUCCAAGACUUCGUCACGUCCACACGUCCGUCUUGUCGUUCAGUGGAGAUGCUCAAGCAAAUGAUCACAUGUGGAAUGAACAUCGCUCGUCUCAAUUUCUCUCAUGGAAGUCAUGAGUAUCAUGGCGGCACCAUCAAAAAUGUUCGCCAAGCUGUCCAAGAGAUGGGAGGCAAUCGUCAGAUUGGUAUCGCUUUGGAUACUAAAGGCCCAGAGAUUCGAACUGGCCUUUUGACUGGUGGCGCCACUGCCGUAGAGAUUGAGCUUGUCAAAGGCAAGUCAAUCACGCUCACGAUAGACGACCCAAUACAAAGAGUCCUGUACUGCAGACAAACUUUAUUUGGACUACAAAAACAUCUACAAAAGGUAGUGACGAAAGGGUCCAGGGUCUAUGUCGACGAUGGUCUCAUUUCGCUGGUCGUCAACGAAGUCAAAGACAAUUCAAUUGCAUGUACCAUCGAAAACGGUGGAAUGCUUGGUAGUCGCAAAGGUGUUAAUCUUCCUGGAACGCCUGUCGAUCUACCGGCGGAUUUGAAAUUUGGUGUGGAACAAGGAGUGGACAUGAUUUUUGCCUCCUUCAUCCGAAAUGCAGACGGAGUUCGAGCAAUGCGA